UUUGUUUCCUUUUGAAGAAAAAAUCCCUUUUGCCAUUUUUCCCCCAUUUUUGCUGCUUUAGUGAACUAGGGGUGUGUGUGUGAGAGAGAGAGAGAGAAUCUUGCUGCCAUGGAUGCAUACGAAGCAACAAAGAUUGUUUACCAGAGGAUCCAAACUCUGGAUCCACAAAGCGCUUCCAAAAUAAUGGGAGUUCUUCUAAUUCAAGACCACGGCGAGAAAGAAAUGAUCCGUUUGGCUUUCGGCCCUGAAUCUCUCGUCCACGCUGUCAUUCUCAAAGCCAAGAAGGAGCUGGGUUUGGCUUCCCCAAACAUGCCCUUAACCCCCUCCUCCACUCCGCCCUCUCCUUCCCCGCUGUUCUGCAACAACAACUCUUCCCGCCUGUUCGGCGGCGGCGGCGGCGGAGUGAAUCUCCCUUCUCCGCUCAGUGUCAACCAGUCUUCGUCUUCUUCCUGGACGAAUUCCAGCAGCUUCUCUGAUUUUCCGAACUCGGAUGAGUUAAUCAGUCCCGGCGGGUACAACAACCACAAUGGCGGCGGCUCGCCGUCGACGAUGAACUCCGCCGCAGCGCCUUUCUACGGUAACGGCGAGGUUGACUUAAUCGACGAGCUCCACCUUCAAGAUCAGCUCUCUUUCCUCAACGACGGCCCGCAAAAAAGCUCCGAUUUUUUCUACCCCGCCGCCGCCGCCGACGGCGGCGGCGGCCUGCACCACCACCGCAGGAGCUGCUCAGUGAGCGAUGUCUGCAUGGGCUCCGACGAUCUUUUGAACGGUGGGUUCGGGUGGAAACCCUGCUUGUUCUACGCUAGAGGGUACUGCAAGAACGGCUCCGGCUGCCGAUUCGUCCACGGUGACGGCGGCGCCGCCUCCCCUGACGGCGGCGCUGCGGCGGUGGGAUCUCCGAGUAAGUUCGAUAUGAUGGGUUCGACUACGAACUUCCCUUACUCCAACAAAUGCAUGAAUUUUCUUCUGCAACAACAACAGCAAGUAUCACAUACAUAUCCCUAUUUUGUUAUUACAAAUGUGUUUACUAUUUAUAGAGCUUUGAUGAUGAGUGAUGCAAUGCAUAAAUUCAGUCGAAUCGGGUUAAACGGUGUGAACCCGGGUUCUAGGCAGAUUUACUUGACAUUCCCUGCCGAUAGUACUUUCAAGGAAGAAGAUGUUUCCAAUUAUUUUAGUAACUAUGGCCCGGUUCAAGAUGUUCGAAUCCCGUAUCAGCAAAAGAGGAUGUUCGGUUUCGUCACGUUCGAUUAUCCGGACACGGUGAAAUUAAUUCUCGCAAAGGGCAAUCCACAUUUCGUUUGCGACGCUCGUGUACUCGUCAAACCCUACAAAGAAAAGGGCAAAAUCCCAGAAAAGCAUAGGCGACAACAAAUGGAACGAGGCGAAUUCAAUGGCUGCGGUAGCCCUACCGGACUAGAAUCAAGAGACCCUUUUGAUCUUCCACUUGGUGCAAGAAUGUUCUACAACACUCAAGAUAUACUAUGGAGGAGAAAAUUGGAAGAGCAAGCGGAUCUUCAACAAGCAAUUGAAAUUCAAAAUCGGAGACUUAUCGGACUUCAACUUCUUGACGUGAAGAGAAAUAAUCACCACCGUGCACUUUCCACCGAUGCUAUUGUUUCUUCUCCGAUUUAUUCUCCAACUUUUUACAAUCAAAAUGUGGCUAUAUCUAGCAAUCUCAGCAGCCCGGAAACCAAGGAAAAUGGGGUCGUCGGAAAUUCAUUGGAGAAAGACGAAGAUUUUUUUGUGAAGGAUGAGAGUAACAAUGGCAAGGACAGCCCUAAAAAAGACGGCGAUUUACACGAAAGCUUGGAGCACAACCUCCCCGAUAGUCCCUUUGCUUCUCCCAAGGCCGCCUUUUCUAACGACACCUUCGGGGCGGAGAAGGGCAAUAGUGUCAUUUCAUCACAAUCGGCUAACAACAAUAAUUUGAUCACCGGCUUAGAUAAUAUUGCUCCUUUCAAGUCGUGCUACUUUCAAGUGCCUAGGUUUGCUUCCGGUCACGAGACCAUCGGAAUUUAGGGUUUAAGAACCUUGUCGGCCUUUCGUACCACCUUUAAUUAGUGAAAGGCCGGAGAUUGAUAUAUACACGUACAGAACCACCGCCGGACCCACCGCCACCACCACCACCACCGGGGCCACAACCACCACUAGCACCACCACCUGUAUUAGUAACCAAUACUAUAUAUACUACUUAAUUACUACCAUACAAGAUGCAUACAUAAAAAAAAAUGGCGGUAAAAAAAUGAGAUUUUUACUCUCUCUAAUAUAAUUAUUGUAUUGUAAUUUUCACUUUUAGUGACACCUUUGACACCUGUAGUUGAAAUUUACUGUGACACAGGUAAAAAAGGCAGAGUAUAGUCAAUAGUAAAAAGUCAAAAAAAGUCAAAAUGUCAAAAGUCAAAACGUCGUCGUGGGGCUGUAAUUUUCUUUUUUAUUACCAUGCCCUUUUGAUGGCUUUGGAGUUUUAUUAAGAGUAAUUUAUUAGGUACAAAAGUAAAAAAAGGCAGUUCUUUUUGCCAGGGCAUUAUUGUAAUUUUAUGUACUAAUAAUACAAAGUAAAUUAGUAGAAAUGAAAUGAAAAAUAUGGAAUUACACAUUUGUCCUCUCUCUCU